UACCUGGGGCUGAUCCCGUGGCUGCACGGAGCACGGUACUAAACCAGCACGCAAGUUAAUCGGUGCUGUCAAAAGCAUGUUGUUUGGGAUGUUAACUCGCUGCGCUGUCUCUGCUUUCUGAUGAUGUCACAUUCUCAGCAGAGACAGUCGAAUCUGCCUCCAUGUCGGAUUCCGCGCAGUGUCCGCAUCGCAUCCAACACAGCGCUCACAGAGCCGACAUGGAGACUCUGCGAUCCAGUUUCAGAACCUCCUCGACCCGCCCUCGCUUCCAUAGGGAGACCAAAGAGCCAAACAUACACUGCGGAUCCACCCAGCCUCGCCUUCUGCUUGGGACGCUUUCAUUUCAGAACCGCACAUAGAAAGGGUUGCUACUGCUUGCAAAGUCUGUGUGUGAUGCAUGUAUUUGAAUGGGGAGGCUACGAUAAAAACACAUAUAUCUUAGUAAAUACAAACCGAAGGCGGUGUUUCUGAAUGCAAAGAGGUUUCCGCUAGAGCAGUCUCAAACUAAACCAGUGAAGAUGGACGCGUCAGUGUCUCCGUGUCGUUGUUUCAAGACGAGCUCGCCUCCACCGUCGAGCUCGCAGUGAAAGCGGCUCUAGACAGCGUCGUGUGCGCGAUUACUGAAGCUGUCCGCAGCAAAUUCACUGAAUUACAAGAGGACAUGUCUGCAGUGAAGAGAGAGAAUGAAACUCUGAAGCUGAGAUUGGAAAUAUCAGAGAGCGAGCUGAAAGCCGUGCGAGGGUGUAUAAACGCUGCACAUGCAGACAUUAAACAGCCUUUCAUAUUUCAAGUUUUGUUUCCCACAGAUCCCAUAGAGAGCCACGCUAUCCCUGAAUCUGAAGCACAGGAGGGGCCAAAGAUAGAAGCAGUUUACACACAAGAGGAGUCCUUUGAGCAGGAGUGGUGUGCAAGUCUAAUACAGGUUACAGAGCUGCCAUGUGUUAAAGAUGAAGACAUCCCUGAACAGGAAUGUGUUCCUAUUAAAGAGGAAUUCAUAGAACAGGAAUGUGUCUCCAUCGCAGAGGAACUUCCUACUGAAAAUAAUGUCUGUACACUUGAGGAGAACAACAAGCUGGGAUCCAACCUGUGUGAUGAUUCUCCAUCUGGAUGUGAUCUGGGAUUUGGAGCUUCUAAAGUAGAUGGAGAACACGACUCCACUCCAUCACCCCAGUGCAAAAACUCUACUAGAGGCAAACCACAGUGCAAGAAACACAGAGAAACGACACCCCAAGAAGAGUAUGUGAAGACAUUGAGAACUCACUCAGUUAAAAUCCCUUCUUUACAAGACAGACACCCACUUACUGUGGAGAGUACAGAGACGCCACAUUCUGCAUGUUUUAACAAUUCAGAAACCCAGGGCAACUUGAAGACCUUGCCUCAUUCUAUUAAAGGUGGGAAGAGUUCCUGUCAAUUAGACGCUCCUGAAACUCACAAGGGAAAUCCCACAGGAGGGACUACGUGUUCCUGGGCUGAUUGUGGGAAGAGUUUCAAUCAUAUAUCGCUGCUUAAAAGACACCAGCGCAUUCACACAGGAGAGAAACCUUCCCACAUACAGACCAGUGAUAAGAGUUUCACACAGUUAGGAAAUCUUCAUUCACACCAGCGCAUUAUCACAGGAGAGAAACCUUAUCACUGUGCUGAGUGUGGGAAGAGAUUCAGUCACUUAGGAAACCUUAAAAAACACAAAGACAUUCACACACGAGAGAAACCACAUCACUGUGCUGUUUGUGGGAAGAGAUUCAGCCUGUUUGGAAACCUUAAAAGACACCAUAAAAUUCACAUAGGUGUGUAAGCCUAUCCCUGCACUUAGUGUGAAGAAGUGAAGUCAGUUGCACACUCUUGCAGGACUCGAGAACAUUCUCAGAAUUGCAGACACUUGGGGACACCUAAACAACAGGAGUGCAUUUGAUUAAAUACAGAAAUAUUUACUGAAAACAAAAUAAUAAACCUGCUUGAUAAACAGGGUCCCCCCUAAUCACAAUCUGUUCAGAUCAAAAGCUCACAUACUCAAAUAUGAACGAGUACAUCUUGUAUUGAUCGUCUUGUUGAGCAUUCGGAUUGUGUUACCUCACAUUAGUAAUAUAUUAAAUAGAUUGUUAUUAUGAAUGCACGUUUCUCUUUCCUUUCUCAUGCGUUGCUCAGCCUCUUGCAGUGGGUUCUGUUGAAGCUUCCUCGAUACCACGGUGAAUCUGCGGUACCUCAAGACACAGCACAGUGUACUGCAGUUAUCAUGCGGGCAGCUUGCAGUGUAAAGCAGUACUGUUUCCAGCAGGGGGCACCAGAGAGCUUUUAGGAAUGUAAUGUGCUGCAUAGCAUUGCUUCUGAACGAGAUGAUUUCUGCUCAGGAUGUGUUUAAUACUGUCCUCUCUCUCUUGUGUACUCUAUUAACAAACGUAGGUUCUGUGUUUUUAAUAUCAAUUUGUUGAUUGACAACGAGACAACUAAAGCCAAUAAAAUCUAUAUUAAAAA